GGGCAAAGUUCACGUAGUCAGUGGAUAGGAUCCAGUAAGGGGAGUAAGGGAGGACUACGUCGAAUAGACACGGAGAGUAAAAGUCAAAGGAUGAAGGCGGGCUGGACUUCUGGUUCUGGACAUGGACCCCAGUGGGGAACCUGAGCCCGAAUGAUGGGGAUUACCAGCACAAGAAUCGAAGACAGAAACACCCUCAUGACUGAGGCGAUAACAUGAACGCUGUGCAGAUUCUUACUUUGACUAUGCUGCUUGCUGCUGGAGGCGGCGCCCAGCUUUUUAGGUCUGGCAAAUGUCCCAAUCCUGCAGUCCAGCCCAACUUUGAUGCUGCCAGGUAUCUUGGUAAAUGGUUUGAGAUCCAGAAGCUGCCAUCAACCUACCAGAAAGGUGAAUGUGCCACCGGCGACUACAGCCUGCAGAGUCCCGGAGUCAUCGGAGUCGUAAACAGAGAGCUGCUUGACAAUGAAAUCGUUAGUUCUGCUUUUGGCACAGCUGAAGUGAAGGACCCUGCUGAGCCGGCCAAGCUGGAGGUCUCCUUCUCUGAAGGCAUUCUUCGGGGUUCGUACUGGGUUCUGUCCACCGACUACGACAGCUACGCUCUGAUCUACAGCUGCACGGACUUCGGCCUGUUCCACAUGGACCUGGCCUGGAUCCUGAGCAGGCAGCCCACUCUGCCCAAAGAGACCACUGRGUACCUGCUCAGCAUCCUGUCCUCCAUCGGCGUCAGCGUGGACAAGAUGGUCGCCACCGUUCAGGACGAGACGUACUGCAGUCCCAUGUAYCAGUGARACGGGGUUGUGUUCAAAAAGCGUCUCUAUGACGAKCCUCAUCUUAUUUAAAGAAAUGUGUCUUCUACGUGUUUGUAUUUUAUUUUGUGGAAAUAAAAUUCCUGAUUCCUG